AGUGGGUACUUCUGUUGCGGGGUGUUGUGCGAGUGGUCGGGAGUUGGUUUCAUUGGUGUCGAGAGGUAUUUGUGUUAUCAUUCAUUCGCGACAAGGGAAGGUGAAGAUGUCAGACGUUCCAGAGAACGCUCCAGAACACUGCCCGGGCACUACGAGUGAGGACGCUGGCAAGGCCUCCUCGUGCGCCGGCUGUCCGAACCAGCAGAUCUGCGCCUCCGGACAGGCGCGCGCUCCCGACCCCGACAUUGGAAAGAUCGAAGAGCGUUUGUCAUGUGUGAAACACAAGAUCCUCGUGCUGUCCGGAAAAGGUGGAGUUGGAAAGUCAACAGUUUCAUCUAUGCUCAGCAGAACACUAUCCAUGGAUGUGAAUAAAAGCGUGGCGCUGCUGGACAUCGACAUCUGCGGCCCGUCGGUGCCCCGCAUCAUGGGCCUGGAGGGCGAGAACGUGCACCACUCGGGCUCCGGAUGGUCGCCUGUCUUCGUAAAGGAUAACCUGGCCGUCAUGUCGGUGGGCUUCCUGCUGGCCUCGCCGGACGACGCGGUCAUCUGGCGCGGCCCCAAGAAGAACGGCCUCAUCAAACAGUUCUUACGGGACGUCGAUUGGGGCGACGAUUACCUGAUCGUGGACACGCCGCCGGGCAUCGACGAACACCUGUCGGUGGUGCAGUACCUCCAGUCCAGUGGUAUAGACGGCGCCAUCAUCGUAACGACACCGCAGGAGGUGGCGCUGCUCGACGUCAGGAAGGAGAUCACCUUCUGCAGGAAGGUCGGCGUGCCUGUCCUCGGCGUGGUCGAGAACAUGGCCGCCUUCGUCUGCCCCAAGUGCGAGACGACCACCAGAAUCUUCCCACCGAGCACGGGAGGCGCCGAAAAGAUGGCACGUGACAUGGAGGUGCCGUACCUCGGCUCCAUCCCACUGGACCCCAGGGUGGCGCGCAGCUGCGACGAGGGCCUCGACCUGGCCGAGGAGCCGACCAGCACCACACGGCGAUACGUCGACAUCGCGUCCAGAAUCCUGGAUGCCUGCGAGGGAACGGUUAAGGAGCAGAACGGCAUGGAGACGGCGUAGUCGCGUUUGUCAGGGUU